AUGUCAAUAAGCCAAGAUGCGGCCGGUCGAAUCAUCUCAGAGCUCAAGACCAUCCAACCGGAUGCCGAGACCACCUUCAUCCGGAAAGACCUUACCCUCCUCAAGAACGUAGACGAAGUCUGCGAUGAGAUCAAAGCGAGAGAGGCGAAUCUUAACCUACUGUUCAUGUCACAGGGGACGAUGUCCUUGAAAGGUCGAGAUGAGACUUCCGAAGGCCUCGACAAAAAGCUAACAACAAACUACUACUCCCGCAUGCGCUUUACCCAACAGCUCCUUCCACUCCUCGAGUCCGCCUCCCCACAGCUGUCCCGUGUGGUCUCGGUGCUAGCCCCUGGCGAAGAAGCCCUCCUGGAUUUUGACAAUCUCGACCUCAAGCGGGAUUUCUCACUCCGGAAAGCGGCGGCACACGCGAUCACCAUGACCGACUUCACCUUCGAGGAAAUGGCAAAGAAGAGCCCGAGCGUGUCGUUCGUGCACGCGUAUCCCGGCGCCGUCAAGACCGGCUUUGCAAAGGAGGCCGGAUUCGCGGUCAGAGCCGCUAGCCAGGUAGCCCUUGCCCUGCUCUCGCCCUGGACCGUAGGGAUCGAGGAGAGCGGGGAGAGGCACCUGUUUGCCGCGACCAGUGCGGCCUAUCCGCCACGUGCGGGCCAGAGGUGCGGUGUAGAGGUUCGCGAGGGUGAGGUGAAGAAGGGCAGUGCCGGGCAGGUGGGCAGUGGUGCCUAUCUGAUCGGGUCGGACGGAGAUGUAAGGGCUAAUGAGAAGGUGCUGAAGGAGUUGAGGAAGGAGACAGCCAUAAAUUUGAAGACAAAUCCCCGAAUCGACUAUCAGCUGUCUGGUGCAAGCGCAAGUACUUGGUCGACUCACCUGGUUCCAGAUCUAGAAUUCAAAGUGCGGUAUGUCGAAGGUCAGAAGUAUCUGAUAGCAAAGGAUUCUAUGUGA